AUGGCUCGUGUACUUUCUCCAUCUCGCGUGGUUUAUGUCCUAAUAUUUCAACUUUUUGUGAGCUGCGUCCGAGGGGCUGUAUUGCUUCCUAGAGCGGAUCCAGAUGACUGGCAAUACCUGGGGUGUUACACCGACUCCCCAGGAGCUAGAACCCUGUCCAAUGUUGGCUACACUUUGGGUGGCCCAGGCAACAUGACAGUUCAGAACUGCCAAAACGGAUGCUUGUCCGAAGGGUAUGCAUUUGCGGGUAUAGAGUACGGCGGAGAAUGCUGGUGUGAUAAUGAACUGCGAAAUGGGGGAGGCCCAGCCCCUGAUGGCGAAGCACAGUGCUCGAUGCCCUGCAACGGUAAUAGUCAACAACGCUGUGGCGGGCCUGAUAGGUUGAGCAUGUAUCAGAACACUGCCGUGCCUGUGCCGACGAGCGCAACUGGUGGCGCCGAAUCACCCACGUCAGCCCCGUCGUCAACUAGAGCAAGUGCAGCUCCAUUGCCAACAGACUGGAAUUAUGCUGGAUGCUAUGUCGAUAACACCAACGGGCGUAUCAUGCAGCGGCAACUCCCGGAUGACCCGCGUCUAUCGAUUGAAUCUUGCGUCUCUCGUUGCGCGCAAAUGGGUUACACUGUGGCAGGAACUCAGUUUGCCAAACAAUGUUUCUGUGACAACUAUGUUCGAAAGGAAGCUCGCAAGGCGGACGACUCAGAUUGCUCUAUGAACUGCAGUGGUGAUUCUUCCGAGAAAUGCGGCGGGCCAGAUCGCAUGAGCGUGUAUUCAGAAGGCGAUUUAGUUGUUUUGCCCAAUCCAGCGCAACAGACUGGAGGCCUGCCCGGAUCGUGGGAAUAUCAAGGGUGCCUCCAAGAUAACGUCAAUCGAAAACGAACUUUUCCAUACCAGAUAGUUGAUAAACGGAACAAUUCUGCAACGAACUGCCUCAACCGUUGCGCGAUGUUUGGAUUCGGGGCAGGCGGGAUGAGUUACGGCGAGGAAUGCUUUUGUGGUGAUGUUGUAGACAUCGGAAGGGCAGGCGCAGAGCUUGUCCCCGAAAGCAGGUGUAAUAUGGUUUGCUCAGGCAAUCAAACCGCCCUAUGCGGAGCCGGUGAUUUGAUAACGUACUACAAAUGGACUGGCUCCCCGCUGCAGACAUGGAGCUUUCCGUCUGGUAACAAUGCCGGUCGCUACGAGUUCCUCAUUGGAGGGGUCGUUGUCUCUCUUAUGACCACUAUCGGUAUCAAUGGCAAAAUCACUUUCCAGGAGAAAUUUGGGACCGGGGACCCGAAUACCACUGGGGCGUACGAAUUUGAUCCCGCUUUUGAACACGACUUUGAGAAGGCAUGGCGUCCGAUGCAUGUGAAAACAGACAUUUUCUGUUCCGGUGGUCUCGUCCUCCCAGAUAAAGUAGGGCGUCAGUUGACAGUCGGCGGAUGGUCUGGGACAUCUACGCAUGGUGUCCGAUUAUAUUGGCCUGAUGGCUCUCCGGGGGAACCCAGUGUCAAUGACUGGCAGGAGAAUCCUGAUAAGCUUGCCUUGCAGGAUGGUCGAUGGUACCCAUCCACCAUGAUAAUGUCCAACGGGUCCAUCCUGGUCGUUGGAGGAGAAGAGGGCUCGAACGGUGCACCAGUCCCGACGCUCGAGAUCUUGCCGCGAGUUGGCCCAGCCCUAUACAUGGACUGGCUUGAACGAACGGACCCUAAUAACCUCUAUCCAUAUCUUACACCUCUACCAAGUGGACACAUCUUCGUUGCGUACUUCAAUGAAGCUAGAAUUUUGAAUGAGAACAAUUUCGACACUGUGAGGACGUUGCCGAACAUGCCUGGCGCAGUUAAUAACAAUGAUGGUGGGCGCACAUAUCCUCUUGAAGGGACAAUGGUUCUUUUGCCUCAGCAUGCUCCGUAUACCGACCCAUUGGGCGUCUUACUGUGCGGAGGCUCAACCCCAUUCGGAGGAGAUGCUCUAGAUAACUGCGUUUCUAUUCAGCCCGAGGUGGAGGAUAGCGAUUGGGUUAUCGAACGGAUGCCGUCCAAGAGAGUCCUUACUUGUAUGGCCGGCCUUCCCGAUGGCACGUUCCUUAUCUUGAAUGGAGCAAAGAAAGGAGUUGCUGGUUUUGGCCUAGCAGAUGACCCCAACUUGAACGCCGUCCUUUACGACCCUUCCAAGCCAGUAAACCACCGCAUGAGCGUCAUGGCCAAUACAACGAUCGCGCGCAUGUAUCAUUCCGAAGCGAUCCUCAUACCGGACGGGAGGGUUUUGGUCUCUGGCUCAGACCCACAAGACGACGAUUACCCACAAGAAUAUCGCGUGGAAGUUUUCAUCCCCCCGUAUCUGUUAUCCGGGGCGCCUCGUCCUACUUUCACCAUUGAAAACACUGAUUGGGCGUAUGGUCAACAGUACCAAAUUAAGAUAACGUCCGGAAAUAUGUCCCAAAUCAAGGUCUCCCUGCUCGGCCUCGUCUCCAGCACUCAUGGAAACAGCUUCGGCUCGAGGACCAUUUUCCCGGCCAUGUCAUGCUCUGGGACCACUUGCACCAUUACCGCUCCGCCAAAUAGCCAUACUUGUCCUCCAGGUUGGUUUAUGUUGUUCGUUCUCGAUGGCCCAACCCCUUCGGUCGCUUCAUUUGUUCGUAUUGGUGGGGAUCCAGGACGUCUGGGAGAUUGGCCUGCGUUCGACGACUUCGAUCUCCCUGGAGUAGAUUGA